CUGCGGCAGUCCUUCGCCCGGCCUUGAGAGCGCGCCCCUCGCCUUGCGCCUCCUCGUGAAGUGCCUCGCCGCCUCCCCUUUGCCGAAGAGGUUAAUGGUGUCCGGAGGGAAGUGAGAACGAAGAAAGCAACGCGCACGCCGCUGCCGCCCCCAAAUAAACCCCUACACUCCCGUAGGAUUUCCCCCUCUCCCUUCCUGCUUCAAAGCUUUAUUACCACAGCAAUCACUGGAGUCUCUCUACAUUUUUUGAUGAUUUAAUUCUUUAAUUUUUUUUUGGCCAAAGGCUGGUAUUUUUCCGUCUGGGGUUUAUUUUUCCAGCCAAAAAGAAGGCAAGAAAUCUCCCCCUUUCUGCUGGGCAGACGGUGAAGAGGGAGAACUUUCUUGGAUACCUGAAUUUCACUAUAACUGGGAAUUAUUCUUGGGACAUUUCCGAUCCCCCCCCCCUUACACCCACAUAAGCUAUUGAUAGAGACCAAGAUCCGGGUUUUGUUUUAUUAGGUUCUGUAAAGUUCAAUUCUAAUCAAAAUGGAGCAUGGCAGGAUGGAUUAUUUCUGUGAUCAGGUACAACAGAAAGAUGUGGGCCGCAGGAUGCAGGUCGGCCAGGAAUUUCUGGAGUAUUUGAACGAUCCCGGUGUUUCCACUGAUCUCGAGCAGGAUCAGCAGCGGCUUGAUAAAGUGAUUGAUGAAUUAACAGGAUGGGUGAACUCUAGUAAUUAUAAGGUGUCAUUACUUGGAUUAGAUCUUCUAGGUGCCUUUGUUGACAGACUGUUGGGACGCUUCAAAUCUUAUAUAGGACCUGUUCUUAUAGUGUUGAUGGAUCGAAUGGGAGAUGCCAAAGACCAGGUUCGCGAACAAGCACAGAAUCUUGUUUUGAAGUUAAUGGAUCAAGCAGCUCCACCAAUGUUAAUUUGGGAUCGUCUUGCUGCUGGCUUUAAACACAAGAACUAUCGUUCACGAGAAGGAGUGUGUCUGUGUCUUGUUGCAACGUUAAAUGCCUAUGGUGCACAAUCAUUAAUUCUCAACAAACUGGUACCACACUUAUGCAUCUUGUCUGGAGACUCCAAUAGCCAGGUGAGAGAUGCGGCAAUAUUGGCAAUUGUGGAGAUUUAUAGACAUGUAGGAGAGAAAGUAAGAAUAGACCUUAACAAAAGAGGAAUUCCCUCUGCAAGGUUACAAACAAUAUUUAUGAAAUUUGAUGAAGUGAAAAACUGUGGAAAUAUGAUUUCAAGCAACAUCAGUGAUAAAAGCUUUGAUGAUGAAGAAUCAGUGGAUGGAAAUAGGCCAUCUUCAGCUGCCUCAGCUUUCAAGGUUCCUGCACCGAAAAAACCUGGAAAUCCUUCAAAUCCUUCAAGAAAGCCAGGUUCUGCUGGUGGGCCUAAGGUUGGAGGCACCACCAAGGAAGGAGGAGCUGGUGCUGUUGACGAAGAUGAUUUUAUAAAGGCAUUUACAGAUGUUCCUACAGUACAGAUAUAUUCUAGUCGUGAACUCGAAGAAACAUUAAAUAAAAUCAGGGAAAUCUUGUCAGAUGAUAAACAUGAUUGGGAUCAGCGAGCCAAUGCGCUCAAGAAGGUCCGGUCCUUGCUUGUUGCUGGAGCUGCACAGCAUGAUGGAUUUUUCCAGCAUUUACGGCUGUUAGAUGGAGCAUUUAAAUUAUCAGCUAAAGAUCUCAGAUCACAAGUGGUUAGAGAAGCCUGCAUUACAGUAGCCCAUCUUUCAACAGUUUUGGGAAAUAAGUUUGAUCAUGGCGCGGAAGCCAUUGUGCCUAUUCUGUUUAAUCUGGUCCCUAAUAGCGCCAAAGUUAUGGCUACUUCUGGGUGUGCCGCCAUUAGAUUUAUCAUCCGUCAUACCCAUGUGCCCAGACUCAUACCUUUAAUAACCAGCAAUUGUACCUCAAAAUCUGUUGCAGUAAGGAGGCGCUCAUUUGAAUUUCUAGACCUGUUGUUGCAAGAGUGGCAAACUCAUUCAUUGGAAAGGCAUGCAGCUGUUCUGGUUGAAACUAUAAAAAAGGGCAUUCAUGAUGCUGAUGCUGAGGCAAGAGUGGAGGCAAGAAAGACUUAUCUAGGUCUAAGAAAUCAUUUUCCAGGUGAAGCAGAGGUGCUCUAUAAUAAUCUUGAACCAUCCUAUCAAAGAAGUCUCCAUACGUACUUAAAGAAUUCUGGUAGCAUCGCAUCACUUCCACAGUCAGACAGGUCAUCCUCCAGCUCUCAGGAAAGCCUCAAUCGUCCUUUCUCUUCAAAAUGGUCCACAUCCAGUUCAAGUAUGGCUGGCAGAGUUGCAGGGGGUACUAAGACUGCUCCUAGCCCAGGAACGCUGCAGAGGUCUCGAAGUGACAUUGAUGUUAAUGCCGCUGCUGGUGCAAAGGCACGGCAUGGUAUUGGUCAACCAGCAGGAGCUGGCCGCUUAGCAACAGCCGGUCUGCCUCCAGGAUCAUAUGCUUCACUAGAGGAUACUUCUGACAAGAUAGAUGGAACAACUUCUGAAGAUGGACGUGUGCGAACCAAGCUUUCAACACCCUCUAUUGGCAUGGCAAACUCAAAAACAGAUUCCAGAGGCCGUAGUCGAACAAAAGUUGUGUCUCAGUCUCAGCCUGGCAGCCGUUCUGGUUCCCCUGGAAGAGUUUUGACUACAACUGCACUCUCAACUAUGAGCACAGGGGUUCAGAGAGUGCUCGUCAGUCCUGCAACAGCGCAAAAACGGAGCAAGAUCCCUCGAAGCCAAGGGUGCAGCAGGGAAGCCAGUCCUUCAAGACUGUCCGUUGCACGAGGUAGUCGUAUUCCUCGACCUAGUGUGAGUCAGGGGUGCAGUAGGGAAGCCAGCCGUGAAAGUAGCAGGGAUACAAGCCCUGUCCGCUCAUUUGCACCCCUUGCUUCCAGGCAUCACUCCCGAUCCACUGGUGCCCUCUACUCUCCAGAUGUUUAUGGGGCUACAGGCACAGGUUUUGGAAUAAGUCAGUCAAGUCGAUUGUCUUCAUCCGUUAGCGCCAUGCGAGUCUUGAACACAGGCUCAGAUGUGGAAGAAGCAGUAGCAGAUGCUUUGCUCUUAGGAGACAUACGGACUAAGAAAAAGCCGGUACGAAGGAGAUACGAAUCAUAUGGAAUGUAUUCUGAUGAUGAUGCCAACAGCGAUGCUUCUAGCGCCUGCUCAGAAAGAUCGUACAGCUCUCGGAACGGCACCAUACCUACAUAUAUGCGGCAGACGGAAGAUGUGGCUGAAGUCCUCAAUCGCUGUGCAAGCUCCAACUGGUCAGAAAGGAAAGAAGGUCUUCUAGGGCUACAAAAUUUAUUAAAAAAUCAGAGGACAUUAAGUCGUGUUGAAUUAAAGAGAUUGUGUGAAAUCUUCACAAGGAUGUUUGCUGACCCUCAUAGCAAGGUAUUCAGCAUGUUUUUGGAAACAUUAGUAGAUUUCAUCCAAGUCCAUAAAGAAGAUUUACAGGAUUGGCUAUUUGUGUUGCUGACACAACUAUUGAAAAAAAUGGGUGCUGACUUGUUGGGGUCUGUGCAAGCAAAAGUUCAAAAGGCACUUGAUGUGACAAGGGAAUCGUUUCCAAAUGAUCUCCAGUUCAGCAUUUUAAUGAGGUUCACUGUUGAUCAGACUCAGACACCCAGCUUGAAGACAGUCAAGCCAGCACUGCAGGACCAGCUUCGCUCUUUUUGGAGCUCCAAGGUAAAAGUUGCAAUUCUUAAAUACAUAGAGACCCUUGCACAACAGAUGGACCCAGGAGAUUUUGUAAAUUCAAGUGAAACCCGUUUGGCAGUAUCUCGAAUUAUCACUUGGACAACAGAACCUAAAAGCUCAGAUGUUAGGAAGGCUGCACAGUCAGUCCUGAUUUCUCUUUUUGAACUCAAUACCCCAGAGUUUACAAUGUUGUUGGGUGCUUUACCAAAAACCUUUCAGGAUGGUGCCACAAAGCUUCUUCACAAUCAUCUCCGGAAUACAGGAAAUGGUGGCCAGGGGUCCAUGGGAAGUCCUUUAACAAGGCCUGUUCCACGCUCCCCAGCCAGUUGGUCUAGUCCCAUCACUUCCCCAACCAAUACAUCCCAAAAUACUUUGUCACCAAGUGCAUUUGAUUAUGACACAGAAAACAUGAAUUCAGAAGAUAUUUAUAGUUCUCUCCGUGGUGUAACUGAAGCAAUUCAGAAUUUUAGCUUCCGCAGUCAGGAAGAUAUGAAUGAGCCUAUGAAACGGGAUUCCAAAAAAGAGGAUGGCGAUUCAAUGUCCAGUGGAUCUGGAAUAGUAGAUCUGCGAGCAGGAGGUGGUGCCACUGAUACAGGCCGAACAGCUCUUGACAACAAAACCUCAUUACUUAACACAAUGCCUCCUCAUUCUUCCCCACGGUCACGUGAUUAUAAUCCAUACAAUUACACGGAUAGUGGUGGUCCUUUUAACAAAUCAGCUUUAAAAGAGGCCAUGUUUGAUGAUGAUGCAGACCAGUUUCCUGAUGAGCAUCCCCUGGAUCAUUCUGAUCUGGUUGCAGAAUUACUGAAGGAAUUAUCCAACCAUAAUGAGAGAGUUGAAGAACGGAAAGCUGCUCUUUACGAACUAAUGAAAUUGACGCAAGAAGAAUCUUUCGGUGUUUGGGAUGAGCACUUCAAAACAAUUCUGCUUCUGUUACUCGAAACCCUUGGGGACAAAGAGCACGCAAUUAGAGCACUGGCAUUAAAAGUCUUGAGAGAGAUUUUAAGGCACCAACCAGCAAGAUUUAGAAAUUAUGCAGAGCUCACAAUCAUGAAGACUCUAGAGGCUCAUAAGGACCCUCACAAAGAGGUGGUAAGAUCUGCUGAAGAGGCUGCUACUAUGCUGGCCACAUCCAUUAGUCCAGAUCAGUGCAUCAAAGUACUUUGUCCCAUUAUUCAAACAGCAGAUUACCCUAUAAAUCUGGCAGCAAUCAAAAUGCAGACUAAAGUGAUAGAGAGAGUACCUAAAGAAACACUUGCUCAGCUCUUGCCAGAAAUAGUACCAGGUCUAAUACAGGGCUAUGAUAACUCCGAGAGCAGUGUUCGGAAAGCUUGUGUAUUCUGUCUUGUAGCCAUCCACGCAGUAAUUGGUGAUGAGCUGAAACCACAUCUCAGCCAACUCACUGGCAGCAAAAUGAAAUUGUUGAAUCUUUACAUCAAACGUGCACAAACAGGCUCUGGAGCAGGUGAUGCAGCAGCUGAUGUUCCUGGACAAAGCUAGUGAUGCUGGUGCCCGCAUAAUAGAUCUUACGAAGAAAGACACUCAGUGAAAGGAGACGUCUCAAACACACCUUUUGGAACUCUUCAUUUUUGUUGGGGUGUUUUUUGGGUUGUUUUCCCCCCCCCUUAACAGAGGGCUAUUCUCAGCCUGCAUGUGACUGUUGCAGUUAUUCCAUAUCCAAGGAUUAAACAGUAUUAAUAGCACUUGAUUGAAGCAAAAUAAAUUUUAAAAAUCUAAUCCAUCAUGUUCUCUGUUCACACUCCUCUGGGUGUCUUCCCAUUGAUUUUUACCAGUGUUAUUGUACAUUUUUCUUUUUUUUUAAAAAAAAACUUAAUUAAACGGGAAUGUUUUAAGCUGUAAAAGCUAAAAUCUAAAUUUCCUUGUUUUUAUUCCACUGCAAAGUAACAUGGCUCUUCACUUCUGUUUUUGUUUAAGUACUUUUUUUUCUUGGACUCAUAAAGUGGCAGGGCACAGGAACAACAAAGCCAGACUGGUCUGAACUGCAACUAGACUAGGUCAUUGUACUAGAGGUGUAUCCUCACAUGCAUGUCUUGACUCAGAUAACUGAGUCGGAAAGCAAGCAGUACCCAUAAAAAGCUGGAUCAGUCCAGCUCUGUAAAAGUGGUUAUAGUUCACUGUUGAAUAUGUUUGUCCCAUAAAUAAAAAUUCAGUGCGAAUGAGGAGGGCAAGUUCAGUUAGCGUCUCCUGUGUGGAAGACAACCUAUUAAAAAUACAGUGUGGCAGAACUAAGGCUGUGUAGCACCCUGCUUUCCCAGCAUCAGGUUAAACAAAGUCACCUAAUGGAUAUGAACCAUCCUUAUUGCCAUCCUUUCAAGCAGGAUGCUUCAGAGCGGAGUGCUCUGCGCAAGCAUGCUCAGUAUGUAUUUAUCUUUAUCACUAGAAUAUUUCCUCUCAACCUAAUUACUGGAACUAGUAGUUCUCUCAUUUUACCUCACAUAGGGAUAUAUGACAGCACUGCAGAAAAAAAUAUCGGCAAUGACUUUUUGCAAGAAUGGGGAUUUCUGCAUUGAAUUUUGGGGGGGCUGGGGAAAAGAAUCACAAGCACUAUAGACCUUGACACCGUUGGUGUGGGAUUUUAAUUUGAAUGAAUUGGGAAAGCAGCACCAAAUGUGUAUCGAAUGGUUUUCAAAGUGGUGUCAUCGAGACCAUCUGGACUGAGAUGUGGUAAUGUUUUAAGGUUGUUUCUGUAACUUUUUUUUAAAACUUUAUUGUGAAUAAUUCAUCUUUGUAUUUAUGGACUUAACAAUUGAAAAAAGAGAAUGAAAAUCAAGUAAAUGUCCCCAAAUGUCUUCUGUUUCUCGGAUGUAAAACACCAGGCUUCUUAACUGAGAGGUGGGAAUAAGAACAGCACCUGGCUCACAAUGGCUAGAACCUAGAUUUUGUGACCAUGGUUACAUCAUCAAGUUUUAGGGAUUGUGUCUUUACAGGAGAGAAGAUAGCAGUGCCAAGGAUGAUGUGUUUUUCUGUGCUAGGCUAAGAUUCUCUCUACCUCUUCAGUGUGAAUACUUUUGAUUAAGCUGCUACCCAUAAUGUCUUGUGGAAAAAACUUUUGUCUAUAGAAAUAUUUUUUUAUUUUAUUUUUUGUUCCUUUGCUAUUGUGUAUUCAAAGCCCAAUUCUUUAACAUGCAGCCAAAUACCAUUUUUAAAGGAGCUAAUGACACUUUACUUAUUAUCGUGAAAGACAAAUUGAAAUACAGUUACAUAAUUUAAUAAGUUACAUUGAUUUUGAUCAGAAUUGAUUCUGAUUGGGAAAGAUGAGAUGUGGUUAUUGAAGAAGCAAUUUGCUGUUGCAGAAAGCUGUUUAUUGGGGAAAUAUUUUAGAAAUACAUGUAAAAAAAACCCUGAAAAUUGCAUUAUUCGUCACUGGCUUUUUUUUAGCAGCUGCAUCAGGAAAAUAGUCUCCCCUUCUUCAUUCCCAUAUGUGUAACAUUCUUGUUUUCUACUGUUCUAUUCCAUUGUGUAUUUAUAGUUCUCUGCUUACCAUUGUGCAUAUACAGGCAAUAAAAUGUACAUAACAUUACUUGAAAAAA